AUGCGUUUUCCAAUCCGAGUUCUCAACCGGAGGCUCUACCAUCCCAACGCUCUAGAGUACCAGGGGAAGCUGAAUCUCUUGCCUCUCACCUAUGGAUCUGAUUCCUUACAGUAUAAAGUUCUCGACCAUAGUUUGAAAACACAUGUUCCUUCGUACGGCUUCAGCGAAAGAGCGCUUGUGGCAUCGAUAAACGAUCUUGGGCUGGGUUCGUCGGUGCUGUCGGCACUGGGAGCUUCCAACUCGCCUUCGCUCUUCAACUCCUCGCCCGCAGUUUUGGAACUGGUCAAAUUCCAUCUCGUCACAAAGAGGUCCGCUUUGACGAGUAGCUUGGACCCAACACGGACGCCAGAGGUGCCACAACAGUUGCCAACCCUCGAGACCCUAUUCCAGCAACGACUCGAACUCAACAAACCUGUUGCGCCGCAUUUGAGCCAGCUUCUUUCGAUGCUUUCUAUCCCAGGUGAGUUUCUCGUCAAAACAGCUUUACCAGAACUCCACAGUCUCUCUGACGACAUGGUGUACUUUUCGCAAGCCCAUGACUCCCAUGACUUUGCUUGGUACUCGAAACGUGCGGCAAUUUCGUGCGCAUUUGUUAGCUCCGAGCUGUUCAUGGCUCAGGACAAAUCUCACAACUUUAACGACACCUUCGAGUUCGCCGCGGAAAAGCUCCACAACGUUACAAAACUGGGCCAAUACUACACCAAUACUGAGGAAUACAUGUGGUAUACUCUGCUUAUGAGCAUAAACUUAGCUAAGUCCCAGUUAGCCCGUGGUUGA